AUGGACCUGGACAACGUUCAAGCUCCGGCUUUCAAAGAUGCUUAUCAUGUCAACUCAACUCUCCUUCGCCAGAGACACGAUCGAAGGACGGGCGAAAAGGGAGAAGAAGAAAAGAGAAAAAAAGCAACAAGGAAGAAAAAGGUUGCAGAAAACCGUCGCUAA